GCUCCUCCGGCUCUGUGCUGCCCGCUGCGAAGAUGGUCGGCGGCGUGUGUGCUCGCAGGCUGGCCCGCCGGUCUCGGUCCGCCCUCGUCGUAGCCCUCACGGUGCUGCUGGUGCAGACGCUGAUCGUGUGGAACUUCAGCAGCCUCGACUCCGGCGAAGACAGCCGGGGAGACGCAGGCUCCAACGUGCGGGAGAAGAGGGACCGUGGAGCGGGCAACAAAGCCGCCGGCAGCGACUAUUUCCAGCAUGGAGUGCAGCGGCAGCGGCAGCGGCGGCAGCAUCUCCCGCCGCCGGGAAGAGGAACAUCUCGUCACAUACAGCAGCCGGAUGGAUACUACUCCCAUCGGCCAAAGGAGAAAAGCAGAGUGGACAGCAACAAUGAGAACUCUGUACCAAAAGACUUUGAUAACAUAGACAAUAGUAACUUUGGUGCACGCUCGCAGCCGCAUCGGCAGACCGCCGGGGCCACCAGCAGGAGGCAGCAGCGAGAGCAUCUGCAGGAGAAGGCUCGUGCCCAACAGCACAUCUGGCGUGACAACUCUCCCAACCUGGUUCGCAGCUCCAAUGAAGUGCUACCUUUAAGCCACCAGCCACUGGCAGUCGCCAACAACUCACGCCCUGGUGGUCAAGUUGUGGUCACAGGAGGGCCACGGCAUCGUGCCUCACAGGCCCAGCACAGGCAUCAGCACCCACACAGAAAGCAGGCGACUGCAGCGCCCCUGGAGGUGACCUACGAUCAACCACCCAAGUGUGAAAUCAGUGGGAAGGAAGCCAUCUCAGCUCUAUCCAGGGCCAAGAGCAAGGACUGCAGGCAGCAGAUCGCAGAAGUCUACUGCAGACACAAGGAGGGCCAGUUAAUGCCUGAAAAGGUCACUCGGUCCUGCCCCUUAGAGGGGAAAGCCAAUGCAGUCAUCCAGUGGGAUGAGGACUCUGCAGAGCGCUUCCCAUCAAAUCCUGUGCGAAUAGCAUUUGUCCUGGUGGUGCAUGGACGCGCCUCCCGUCAGUUUCAGCGUCUCCUCAAAACCAUCUACCACACGUCCCACUACUACUACAUACACGUGGAUCAGCGCUCCAACUACCUCCAUCGGCAGGUAAAAGCCUUGGCUGCUCAAUAUCCCAACGUGAGAGUGACACCAUGGCGCAUGGCCACCAUCUGGGGGGGGGCUAGUCUCCUGACCAUGUACCUUCGAAGUAUGGCUGACCUGUUGUCUAUGAGGGACUGGAGCUGGGAUUUCUUCAUCAACCUCAGUGCUGCUGACUACCCCAUCAGGACAAACAACCAGCUGGUGGCCUUCUUGUCCAAAUACAGAGACAUGAACUUCAUCAAGUCCCAUGGCAGGGACAAUGCCAGGUUUAUCCGUAAACAAGGUCUGGAUCGUCUCUUCUAUGAGUGCGACACCCACAUGUGGAGGCUUGGUGACCGUAAAAUCCCAGAGGGCAUCUCUGUGGAUGGAGGAUCCGACUGGUUCCUUCUGAACCGCAUGUUUGUGGAAUAUGUCAUCAACUCCAAGGACAACCUGGUCACCAACAUGAAGCGCUUCUACGCCUACACUCUGCUGCCUGCCGAGUCAUUCUUCCACACUGUGUUGGAGAACAGUGCCUACUGUGAGAGUAUGGUGGAUAACAACCUGCGCAUCACCAACUGGAAUCGUAAAUUGGGCUGUAAAUGCCAGUACAAGCACAUCGUUGACUGGUGCGGAUGUUCCCCUAAUGACUUCAAGCCUGUAGACUUCCACCGCUUCCAGCAAACGGUGCGUCCCACCUUCUUUGCCAGGAAGUUUGAAGCCAGUGUGAACCAGGAGAUAGUGAACCAUCUGGACGCUUACCUGUUUGGACCCUUUCCACCGGGGACCCCAGGCCUAAACUCGUACUGGGAGAAUGUGUACGACGAGCCAGAUGGUGUGGCCAGUCUGUCGGACACACAGCUCACCUACUAUCAUUCCUUCUCAAGACUGGGCUUGGCCCGCGCUGCCGCCUCGCUGCAAGGCAACCCAGUGGAUCACAGCUGCAGGUAUUUCCCCAUGGGCCACCCAGUGUCCGUGCAUUUCUACUUCCAGUCUGACCAGUUCCAGGGCUACCUUGUCAGGCACCACGCCACCAACCUAGCAACAAGCAAGCUAGAGACAAUGGAGACCUGGGUGGCACCUAAGAAGAUCUUCAAGUUAAACACUCCUCCGAAAAGCACAUUCAGCAGGUUGCAGUUUGCAGAGAUCGGUACAGAGUGGGAUGCCAAAGAACGAAUUUUCCGAAAUUUUGGCGGCCUUAUGGGUCCCAUGGAUGAGACGGUGGGAAUGCAGAAGUGGGCAAAAGGCCCUAACGUGACAGUAACAGUCGUGUGGAUCGACCCAACCAACGUCAUCGCGGCCACCUACGACAUUCUUAUAGACGCCACAGCUGAGUUCACCCACUACCGACCACCACUCAACCAGCCUCUGCGUCCUGGAGUUUGGAGUGUCCGCAUCCUGCACCACUGGAGCCCUGUGGCUGAGAUGCGCUUCCUUAUCGCCCCUUUGGCCUAUAAUAAGCAUCAACCUAUACGUCAAGAGGACACUCUGAAGCUGCACAAUGGGCCAUCCAAGAACAGCUACAUGGAGCAGAGUUUCCACGGCCUCAACCCAGUGCUCAACAUCCCCAUCAGCCUGGGCUACGUGGAGCAGGCCAAGAGAAAUGCUGCCCUGACCGGCCCAGAGCUGGAGCACUGGGUCGACAGCUUAGUGAGCGAGCUGUGGCAGACAGCAGAUAUCUGCGCCGUGGGCCAGACCGCCUGCCCCAUCAUGCAGGCCUGCCCCAAGAACCCUUGGAGUUCCCUCAGCCCCGACCCCAAAUCCCAACUGAGAUCGCUGCAUGCUGAUGGGCACAUCAGGUCAUUUCAGUGACACUUUAUGUAUGAAUUUUACAAAAGAAGUCUCAAAUUUGUGUGAAUGAAGGUCCAUUAGUCGCUAUUUAUUUUAAAUUGAUAUUAAUACUGAUACUUUUAGUCAAUGACUAAAUAUUUGCGACGCUGCCUUGGCAGCAUGAUAAAUGGUUAUUUUUUUGUUGUUUUUAUUUAGUUUUUUAAAAACUGCCUUUAUUUACAAAGGCCAACAACCCGAACAUGUACUUUACCUUUAUACGGCCCGCACCAAUGUGUCAGUAAGUGUUGUCGUGUCAGAAUAGAUCUUCUUUGUUUGCCAAGAGAAAUCAACUCUUAACCUGAGAGGUUAAAGGUCAGCUACAAAGUGACCUCACCAAAACAGAGAUGGUGACCUCAAAAAUUUGGAAGAAUCGUUGUUAGGAGAAGCUGUUCAGUGUCUACUGCUUCCUGUGAGUUUCAGAAUACUCGUGAGUGGUUGUGGUCUUCAUGCUGUGACAAUGAUGUACAGAUUUACGUGAAUAUUAUACUGCGUCUUCAUUGCAAAAAUGCAUAUUUAGCUCUGAAGCUUUCCAACUGUAUCGACAUUAAAAUUAUUUUAGCUGUCAUCAAGACAACCGGCGACAAGUUCAUGACCAGGGGAAGUUCCACUUCAACACACUGAACUCCUGUUCUCAUUUUAAUAAUAACAAUCAUCCAUCCAUUUUCUGAGCCGCUUCUCCUCACUAGGGUCGCGGGCGUGCUGGAGCCUAUCCCAGCGGCCAUCGGACAGGAGGCGGGGUACACCCUGAACUGGUUGCCAGCCAAUCGCAGGGCACAUACAAACAAACAACCAGUCGCACUCACAGUCACAGUCACACCUACGGGCAAUUUAGAGUCUCCAAUUUAUGCAUGUUUUUGGGAUGUGGGAGGAAACCGGAGUGGCCGGAGAAAACCCAUGCAGCCACGGGGGAGAACAUGCAAACUCCACACAGUCGGGGCCGGGGAUUGAACCCGGGUCCUCAGAACUGUGAGGCUGACGCUCUAACCAGUCGUCCACCCUGCCGCCUAAUAACAAUCAACUACAGUCAAUUAGAUUUUAAUCUGUGUCUGUCAAGAAUAUUAAGCUACCAUUCAGGCUAGUGUUUUUUUCAAAGGUUCAUUUAGAGAUAUUACUGUUCAUUAAUGUCAAGUUCACCUUGCCCCUCCCCUUAAAGCACACACCCCUCCCUCGCACGCCAACACUAGAGGGGUUGAUUUCCAAAGGACAAUUUGUGGCUCUCCAUUGGUCGGCUCCUGUUGCUACUGUUUAACGCAAGAGUACAAUACAGUGUUCACAACCAGUACUCAAUACAUUGCAUUGCCCACACGUAUGUAUGUAAAUUUGAUGGAAGUUUUGGUGAAAGGAGAAUUAUAAUAGGUGUAACUUACUGUCAGAUUCCUAUUUUGUAACACAAAUGAUCAACAAUGAAGCAAGUGUAUAGUGGUAUUUUGUACUGAACUAUUGUGUAAAAGAUGUAUGUGUAAAUACAUAUGUGGUUAAAUGGUAUUGAUUGUGGGCAAAGAGAGUGAUUUCUUUUGUUUUUUGAUCAAAGUACAUAACCUCUUGGGGGCUAUUUGCCUCUCAGAGAAAAUCUCAUGCCGGAUUGUUGUUGUUCUUGCUUGAAUGUAUGUCGAGCAACUGUUGCACAAAUUUCUCGGAACUCCACCCAUCAUUUUGUGUCCUUUAUGGUGUUCUUUCUGGGGAGGCUCUGUGUGCCUUAGCUGACUUAUCGAACCUUCUCAUAUAUUUUGUUUUUCUUUUUUUCUUUUUUUUUAUACCUGAUGUAAUGGUGAAUAGCAGACUGGUACUGCAACACACACAAAAAUGUCUGCUGUUGUUGUAUAUACUGUAUCAUCAGGCCUUCUGUCCUUAUCUGCUUUUAGUUGUCUUCCCUCGGGGAGACGUGUUUUGUUGACCGUGACUGGCUUGUCUUACUUUUCUCUUGACUGCUUUUUUAAAAUAAAAUUCA